AUGAACGAGAGCAGGGAUUCCGGUGAACCGGAGCGCCCUGCAAUCGUUUCAGAAGAAAAGCCACAGCCGUUGGUUUUUGGCGACGGGCCUCUUGCCGAAUAUAUGAACAAACUUCCUAGAAGCCAUACAGCAGCGAAUCUAGCUGGGUGGGGGAUAGAACCUCUAACUUUUGAUGACGAAACCGGCGCGUAUUACGAUGGGUCUUCAAGCGACGGGACUGGAGACAUAGAUCUUUUCGACGAUGAUAAUAUAAACUAUGACCAAAACGUUAGAUUCGAGUUCCCACAACCCAGUGUUAAAUGGCCCACCCAUGUGCGGGGAACAGAUGGUGGUUCCACAACCUCGGAUCUUUACAACAAUUCGGCUCUUCCUACUGAACCGAUACACGAACCCAACAACGCAUCGUCGCAGAAUAAUAACCAUAAUCAUCAUCAUCAUCAUCAUCGUGCAACUAAAUCCCAAACCUCUUUUCACCCGCUCACUCUUGGUACCGCUGAUAGCCCGCUGGCUGACAAAUCUCGUCUACGUGCACGGUUUGUGGGGCUCCUGACGACUGCACUAACAUCACGACCGCCAGCACAAGAAGCACACACUUUCCUUGAACGGUUCCGAUAUGCUAUUGUAUCAAGCAGGCUUCUUGACCGUCCUGGUGGUGACCCGCGACGCGCUGGAGGUUCUUCAGAUCCUUCAUUACCGCUUGGACUUACCCACACAGAUUCAGGGCCAGCAUCAUUAUCACCCCAUUUUUCAGCAAAGGCUCACGCAAGGUGCUCCUCAUGCUUAUCAGCAGCCCAGGUCCGUGCUGAGCGCAGAUUUUGGACCCGGUCGUCAGCCUCGGCAAGCUGUGCAAUUGUUGUGCUGGCCAUGCUUGCCUGGGCUCUUUCAUCACGUCAUUCUAUAUUGGUUACUCCCAGUACCCCUGAACCCUCCCCAUUGGCAUUAAGCGCUUCUGAAAACCCUCUAGCUCUUUUACUACACUCUCUUCGCUAUCUUCCUACACAACCUAUAGAAAGCAAUGACGUCAAAACAACUCACCGCGCAGUGCGCUCGCUGGCCCUGGUGGCUGUGACGUUUGGUGCUUCGCUGUUUGUUCACGCGUACGCGCGCCGGCGCGCUCAUCGCAUUCUUCGCCUGCGUCUUGUUACUGCUGCAGAGUCUCUAGCACAAGCAUUUACAGCUCUGGAUGCAACAGCUUCAAAGUCCCUUGCUGUUCUCCGUGAAAUUGAUCUCCUUGCACGGGGGUACCGCCCUGAUCUUGGUGACGCAUCAGCUACUUUGGGACGCUCAACACCAGUAGUACAUAACGUUGCAGCUUAUGUUUCUCAACUCCGACAACAACAGCAACAAAAACAAUCAAACAAUCAUGAUGAUGCAUUCAUGGGAAGACACCUCCGUGCUGCUUUGGCGUCCGGAUUGUGUCUUUUGACUUCGCAGCUUGCGCGUACCGUAAGAGGAGUAUUGCCGCACUGCAGCAAAAUAGAUCUUGACAAAUAUCUAGAUAUUUACGAGCUUGACGUGCGCGUCUUGCUUGACUUUGGAUGGAAUACAAUACCCUGCGAUGUGGACGAGUCUUUGACAGGCACUGCGUUGUUACAGCUGUUGGAUGCUCGUGGCCCAGUUCCUGAAGAAACUACCAGCUUUGGGGCCCAUGCAUCAUUGGCUCGCUUGAGACUCGAGCUUUAUAAAGUACAAUUUUUAAGAAGUGUUUACGCAUGUUGCCUGCUUUCUGUGCCUGUUCAAUCGUUUGGGAAUGAGUUGGAAAAAUGGCGCGCCGUGCUUGCUGGCGCCCAAGAAACUGUGGGACUAGCACAACAACUCGUACGUCCAAUGACUGUAAACCAGCUUGCAACUGGUGUUGAACCAAGCAUUGCAGUACCUGAGGAGAUUCCAGCCCCACCGCCUUCUUUGCAGCAGCCUUCUGAACAAUUUGCUGAAGCUGGCGUGUGGCGAAGGCGACAGCGCACGCUCAACACAAUAUUUGGUUCUCUACAGCAUAUAGAGGCUCGCAUGGAGAUGCUUCGGGAUACUGCAACUGUCACAGCUGGGGCUGAAGACUUACAACCAGGAUUUGAAACGAAUUUUGCGUUAGUCGGGUCUGAAAUUGAAAACUUGCUGGAAAAUUGGGCCCGCGCACGCAAAGAAUUUAUAGCGGCAGGAGCACUCCGUAACACCCAUGAGGAAAGAAGAAACAGUGACAGCAUGAGAGGAGGACUUGCACCGAGAUUUGAAGCUACACCUAAAAUUCAGGACAGCCCAGCAGCUUCAGUAGGAAGUGGAAGAGUAUUGCGCCGUGGUUCAUUGCCGGCACGCAAACCACUCUCAACCACUGCCACACCGCCUACUUUACCUCCUGUGUCUUCUAGUAUUCUUACUCGACCACCAACUAGUUCACCAUAUUCUGUUUCGUCAUCUCCACCUGUCUCACGAACUGGGAUUCCUGUAGGAGGACCUUCCCCUGGAUUAACAGCCCAACAGUUUCGUAUACAACAGCAGCACGUAUAUGGAAGAAUUAUGGAGGAAGUACGUGCGAGAGGUGUAUUACACCAUCGACGCGAUAUUUCCGAAUUGUCUGGUGUUUCCGGCGUUUCUGGUGUUUCUAAUCUAACGCUUGUGUCAAACGGUGGUAGUAGUUCUGGUGUAGGAAUACGGUCUGGCAUAAGCGGUGUUUCAACUGCUGUUGCUUCUCCGGAUGAAGAAACUGUGGGUGCCAAAUAUGGAAUCCAAGUCUACGGGGGAUUGGAUAAUGAAGAUGAAGACGAUGUUAGUGAUGGUAACGAUGAUGCCAGUUGCAUUGACUACUCACGACCGUCAGCAGAUGUGACGCGUAACCUAGUGCUGGAGCUCGGGUCUGUUUUGGAUUUCCGACGCAGCCAAAUGAAUGUUUAA